AUGAUUGAAACCCAAUCAGCACAACUUGCUAGCACCAUCAAGGAACAUCAAGUGCAUACUAGUUUCCCACCCCAAGGUCAACCUCCUAAGCAAAUGUAUGCGGUCAUGACUAGGAGUGGGAAGAUUUUAGAUGAUGGUGCUAAGUUAGUUGACGCUCCUUGGUCUAGGGGAGAAGAAUCUAAGGGAAUUGAGUCUACGGACUAUGUUGUGGUAGAAGAGGAGUCUCACGUUGAUGACGCGAGGGAUGGUGUGAAGCCAACGGAGGAUACUCUUCUACCUCUCCCUACUCCUACACUCCCCUAUCCUCAAAAAUUUGUUGGAAAGAAGUUGGAUGACCAAUUCUCUAAGUUUCUAGACAAUAUUAGCAAGCUUUAUGUGUCAUUGUCUUUCACCGAGGCGCUUAAGCAAAUGCCACAUUAUUCUCGGUUCAUGAGAGAAAUUUGUUUGGCAAAAGAACUUCACCCAAAAGCUGAAGAUAAUGCUCUUUGUGAUUUGGGGGCAAGCGUGAGUAUUUUGCCAUACAAAAUCUAUGAGAAGCUUAGUCUUGGUGAUCUCACCCCUACCCCUAUGUCUCUGCAACUAGCCGAUCGCUCGGUUAUGUUCCCUUUGGGUAGGGUUGAUGAUGUUCCCCUUGUUAUAGGGAGGUUAACUUUUCUUGUUGACUUUAUUGUCUUGGACAUUGAUGAGGACGCCCACACCCCUAUUAUCUUAGGGAAGCCAUUCUUAGCCACGGCGGGGCCUCUCAUUGAUGUUCAAGGUGGUCUUAUCACCUUGAAGGCGGGAGACGCUAAGGCUAGCUUCAAGCUUCCUAGUGAUGAUGGAUGUUGUUCCAAAAUGAAGAGUUGCAUGAAGAUUGAUACUAUUUCUUGUGUUGAGCAUCAUUGCUUAUAUGCUAAUUCUUCUAACAACUCUUGUGCUUCUAAGUUUGAUCAUAAGCUUGAUAGGAACAAUUUCAAUAAGAAGAAGAUGCUUGUGAGUCCCACGGUGUUGGGCGAUGCCUUUGAUAAUGUCACAACCAUUCCCGAGACAUUCGGGAUGGAUCUAGAUGAUGAUGGAGCACAAACUUCGGCUCUCAACGGUAAACAUUCCCCGGGCAUGAAGCCCAAGAGGGGAAAACAUAAGCCUAGGGAAGUUGGCUUGAUCCCGCCUCAAUGA